AUGGAAAACUGGUUUAAACUAAUAGCAAAAACUACGUCGCCACCGCCGUUUGAUUGUGAACAAAGUGAUGAAAAGACAGAAGAUGUGCGUAUAAAUGACAAAAGUGGCACUGAAGCUGACUCUCAAGUUCCCUCGACGAAUAAGUACGGCAAGUUAAAAUUGUUGGACAUGAAAUCGUCUAAAAAUAUUCGUGCACAUUUCAUUAAUAUUAAUGAAAAUGAUUCGUAUGCAUCGUACCUCAUAAGCUUAAUGAUCGCCUGGCCAGGAAAUCCUCACUCCAUUGGGGAAGGCUUAAUGUUACCAUCGCUUAAAGAUGCUGUUGAAGCGAUGUUUGGAGAAAAAAAAGUACAGGAAAUCAAGCGCAUACCACUGUCCAACAUUACUGUUGCAUGA